AUGUCUACCGAACAGAAGGCCCAGAACCCCAUGCGGGAGCUCCGCAUCCAGAAGCUCGUCCUCAACAUUUGCGUUGGCGAGUCUGGUGACAGACUUACUCGUGCCGCCAAGGUGCUUGAGCAGCUGUCCGGUCAAACCCCCGUCUACAGCAAGGCCCGUUACACCGUCCGUACCUUCGGUAUCCGCCGUAACGAAAAGAUCUCCGUCCACGUCACCGUCCGUGGCCCCAAGGCCGAGGAGAUUCUCGAGCGUGGCCUCAAGGUCAAGGAGUACGAGCUCCGCAAGCGCAACUUCUCCGAGACUGGCAACUUCGGCUUCGGUAUCUCCGAGCACAUCGAUCUCGGCAUCAAGUACGACCCCGGUAUCGGUAUCUACGGCAUGGACUUCUACUGCUGCAUGACCCGCCCCGGUGAGCGCGUCUCUCGCCGCCGCCGCGCCAAGAGCAGAGUCGGUGCCACCCACCGCAUCAACCGCGACGACACCGUCAAGUGGUUCAAGUCUCGCUUCGAUGCCAUCGUCCGCUAA